AUGCCCGCCCUCGCCAACACAACCCGUGCCAUUGCACGCUCAUGGACCGCUCACCAGAUGCCCGUCGCUCGGGCGGCCGGCACCACUGCUCUGCAGACCCGCAACGCCUCGGCUUCCUCGUUCGACAGCCCCUUCAAGGGCGGCCCAGACACGACCAAGGUCCCCUCGUUCGCUGCGUACAGGAGUAAGGGAGGCGAGACAGGCCCCAAGAUGUUCCAGUACUUCAUGGUCGGAACCAUGGGUGCGCUGAGUGCGCUUGGCGCGAAGGCGACUGUCCAGGACUUCCUCGUCAACAUGUCCGCCUCCGCCGACGUUUUGGCCCAGGCCAAGGUAGAGAUCGACCUCGCUGCCAUUCCCGAGGGCAAGAACGUCAUUAUUAAGUGGCGAGGCAAGCCCGUCUUCAUCCGACACCGCACCGAAUCCGAGAUCAAGGAGGCCGACGACACCAAGUGGGAGUCUCUCCGUGACCCCCAGCCCGACAAGGACCGUGUCCAGAAGCCCGAGUGGUUGAUCAUGUUGGGUGUCUGCACCCAUCUGGGAUGUGUCCCUAUUGGUGAGGCUGGUGACUUUGGAGGCUGGUUCUGCCCUUGCCACGGUUCCCACUACGACAUCUCUGGCCGCAUAAGAAAGGGACCUGCCCCGCUCAACCUGGAGAUUCCCGCAUACGACUUCCCCGAGGAGGGCAAGGUCGUCAUUGGUUAA